AGUGGCAGUACUGCAAUGACUAGCCGGGAUCCUAGCCAUGCAGAGAGCGCCCACUCCACAGAAAAACCACCACCUGCCUUGUCCCCCAAGCUCCAUGUCCUGCGAUCGCCAUCAAAGGACAACAUCACCAUCCACUUCUCAGCUCUUGGGAAGGAGGAAGAGGAGGAGGAAGAAGAGCUGUACUGGACAACUGUCUCCACUCCCUCAGGAGCUCAGGAUGACUCAAACAUUGUGACAGCCGUAGAAGCAAGUGAAGAGAUGUUCGAUUGCAUUCCAUCAGAGUCUGCGGCCAAGGCUGCUGUCAUGCCUGACUCGUCCGUACUAUCUUCAGUUUCUAAACAUCACACUAAUCGUUCUCCAGCAGAAACUUCACCAUUGCAUACUGCUGAGCAAAAAGGCUCAACUUACAAUCCCUCUCCAACUAAAUCUUUGAGCUUUCCCUCCAGUGACAAGCCCUUCUUCAGCAUGGUGAAGUCUCUCUCGUCCGACAUUGAUUCUGGUGACGGGAUCCCUUCUGUUUCUGCUCCCACAGUGAGGCAUAGGCAACUGAUGAGAAAUCUCGUCAAAUCGUUGUCUUCAGACACAUCCCAGGAAUCUUCUUCUUCUUCGUCGUCAUCCUCCUCCUCCACACCCUUCCGUCUUCCAGACUCCCGCCUUAACCUGCAACUCUUCAAGCAAUUCACACAGUCUCGGAUGCCUUCUGCUACCACGACGUCAGCUGGGGACUCUAAAACUGCACCUUCUUCUCCAUUAAUCACGACGGAUGCCCGCAGCUUCUUCAAGGUCUCAGAAGUUGAGGCAAGAAUCGAAGACACUAAGCGGCGUCUUUCUGAGGCCAUCUCCGAACCACUCCAACUGCUGAGAGAGAUGAUGGACGAAAAGACUGGCAGCAGCAUUUACCGGCCGAAAGUUCUGUCUGCCAGUGCCUCAGAACUCUCCAUUUCCUCUAUCAAUGCUCAACUGGAGAGCAACAACAACUACUGCAUCAAGGAGGAAGAAGGAGUUGACCUAGAAGCUGAAGCCCUUAACAGCGAGGCUUCUGGUACAACUGAAACAUCUGUUCUUUCCUCUGUUGACACUAAGAGCCCCAACAAAUCUUUACUUUCAAUGUCAUUGGACAAAUGCUCUAUGUCUGCUCUCGCUAAACAAGACGACGAGGACUAUUGCAUCCUGUACAGUGAGGACUUUGAGACUUGUGACAACACAGCAGGUGAUAUAACUGAUGAUACCAGAACUGGGAGUCAAUCUAAAGAGCCACUAAGUGGAAGUACAGAACUGUGCAGCGAAGAUGAAUCUGACAGGUUUGAGCCUGUACCCAGUGUUCCACACUAUACACUGGUCAUCCUUACUGUACUGCUGUAUGGGUGUUUUGUAUUACCUCUGCCGAGUUACGUAGGAGGAGUACUGCUUGGGAUUGGGCUUGGGUUUCUUUUAGCUAUUGGCGUUGUGUGGCUGACGGGACCUAAACCUUCUGGCAGUGCUUUUAGACAUUCCAUACAGCGUGGGAAGCUGUGGGAUGUCACCAGGUUGGAUAUUAAGGAACCAGAAAUCUACAAGGGCUGGAUGAAUGAGAUAUCGAACUAUGACGCAGAGACGUACCAUGCCACACUGACACACUCUGUGUACGUCCGCUUGGAGGGCUCCAUCAUUCGUCUGUCUAAACCCAACCAUAACGUCGCCCGCCGUUCCACACACAAUGAACCAAAACCUGAUAUCCAGUACAUCAGUCAGAAGAUAUACGACAUCACCAACAGCAAAGUAUAUCUAGCCCCUCAGAGCCUGGCCAGGAAACGUAUAUGGAACAAAAAAUACCCCAUCUGCAUUGAACUUGCCAAACAGGAUGACUUCAUGUCAAAGACUGAGGGGGAGUCCAGCGAGAGCCUCAGCACAAGGGACAGGGGGGCUCAGGAGCGAGGGGGGUCCUCCUCCAGUAGAGAGCUCACCCUCUAUCUGUUCGGAAGGACGGGGAGGGAGAAGGAGGAGUGGUUCCAGCGCGCUCUGUCUGCAUCCAAGCUAAAAGCGGACACAAAGAAAACUGGAAGUGUUGCAGCAACUAAGAACGCUCCGACCUCUCACAGUCGCAGCAGCAGUCGCGGCAGUUUGGACGAAGCUCUAGCAUCUCAGCCCAGGUCGAAAGACUCCUCGGUAUCCUCAACAACAGCAAGCGGUGCCAGAACCAAACAGCUGCUGGACUACAACGUAUACAUGGCCUCCUUACUGCCAAAACAGGCGGUAGUCAGCCCUGCAGCGGCCAGCCCUGCUCCUCAGAGUCCUCAGAGCAGCCCGGGGGCAGAUAAGAAGCUCCAGAGCACCACUUCAUCUCAGCCGCCGCCCAGGGAGGAGGGAGAGGAGGAGGUGAUGGAGGAGGAUCAUGUUGCCUGGCUGAAUGCCACUCUGGGCCGGGUCUUCUGGGACUUCCUGUGUGAGCCGUACUGGGCUGAGCUGGUCUCCAAGAAGAUUCAGAUGAAGCUCAGCAAGAUACGGUUACCUUACUUCAUGAAUGAGCUAACCCUGACAGAACUGGACAUGGGCUCGGCCACUCCCAGAAUCCUCGGGGCAUCCAAACCCUCCAUUGACUACAGAGGCAAGAAAGAAAUCAAUGUUAACACACACUCUCACACAAACACACACACUCUCACACACACUCUCACACACACACACACACACACACACACACACACACACACACACACACACACACACACACACACUGUUUCCUGUGAAGAGAUACUCGCACGUCUCGCCAAGCUACACUAGUUAUAAAUAUGUUUAUUCUU